AUGGCUUUCAUAUUGUUGCUCAUAUUAUGUAUGAGCUAUUUAUAUUAUAUUACUCAUUUUUCAUAUGAUAUAUGUAUAUAUAUAUAUAUAUAUAUAUACAAAUAUAUCAAAAUAGUAUUUUUGAAAGUAUUUCUCUUACCUUCAUGCGGGAAAAUGUUAUCAAGAAAUCAUAGACUACUAAUAGAUUGA